ACAGCUGCACAGCUGCUCAGUUUACUCUUACACGGUGGAGCUGACUGCUGGACUGGACUCUGAACUACCCACAAGGCACUAGUUCCCUAGUUCUCCUCCAGCCUGUGUGUGAAGGAGAAGCCAGUGGCAUUGUCCCAAAGGUCUGUAUAUAAGAUGAGAGAGGGAGGGUGUUGGAUUCCUCAAUAAGGCAUCCAUUCAGUGGCUCAAGAAACCUGCUCUGAAGGCUGGCCAGGUUGAAACUGUUCAAUCAGAUAUAUCUUCACUUCAGAUCAGAAGUUCCUCCAAAAGACUACCUCACCUCACCUGACCUGACUGGGACCAGCUACAAUACAGCCAUGUCUCUGCUGGUCCAUGUUCUGGCCUGCUGCUUCGGACUGGGCUCCUGGGUGGCUGUCAACGGCCUGUGGGUGGAGCUCCCCCUCAUUGUCAACACCCUCCCUGAGGGCUGGGAGCUACCAUCCUACCUGACAGUCAUCAUCCAGCUGGCCAACCUGGGGCCUCUGCUGGUCACUGUCAUGCACAAGCUGUGUCCGGGCCGGCUGAGGGAGAGCGCUGUCAUCUACAGUGUGUUGUCCAUCGGCAUCCUGGCCUGUGUACUGUUGGCGUUCUUCUGGGAUGAGACCACGGUUGUGGCAACGGCACCACGGAGCACAGUCUUCUUUAUUCUAACCCUUUUCCUGGCCUUGGUGGAUUGUACUUCCUCUGUUACCUUCCUGCCCUUCAUGAUGCAGCUGCCAGCCCACUACAUCACCACCUACUUCAUUGGAGAAGGCCUGAGUGGCUUUAUCCCUGGUCUAGUUGCUCUUGGCCAGGGCGUCGGCAUGGCCAAGUGUGUAAAUGGCACUCAGUCCUCUGGUAACCUCACUGAAAAGGACUUGUACAUUGUCCAGACCCAGUAUCUACAGCCCAACUUUUCCACUGAGGUGUUUUUCUUCUUCUUGGCGGCGAUGAUGUGCAUCAGCUUGCUGGCAUUCUCUGCCCUCAACAGGUUCCCACGCAGCUUUGAACUGUCCACAGAGAACCUAGUUUCAGACACUGACACAGUGGCGUCGGUCUGCUUCGGUCUCGACAACCCUGGAGUGGUAACCGACGAGCAGAACUCUAACCCAAAACCCCACAGUGAGGAAUCAGGUCAGGCUAGGCCACAGCUGGCUAAACCACUCCACUCUGUUUAUCAGUUAGCUUUUAUCUAUUUCAUGGUGGUCUGUGUGAACGGGGCAACCAACGGCCUGUUGCCCUCGGUGCAGACGUACUCCUGCAUGCCCUACGGUAACCUGGCUUAUCACCUGUCGGCGGCUCUGGCAUCCUGUGCCAACCCAGUGGCCUGUAUAGUCGCCCUGUUCUUUCCUAAAAGGUCACUAGUGUUGCUGGGUGUACUGUGUCUCCUGGGCUCAAUCUUUGGAGGAUACAACAUGGCCAUGGCCGCCAUGAGUCCAUGUCCACUACUACAAGGCUCUGCACUGGGAGAAACCAUCAUAGUUCUGUCAUGGGUCUUCUUUACGGGGACCCUGUCCUAUGUGAAGGUAAUGGUGGGUGUCAUCCUGAGGGACAAGAGCCACAGCGCCCUGGUGUGGUGUGGAGCAGCGGCACAGACAGGCUCUCUGCUUGGCUCUGCCAUUAUGUUCCCUUUAGUCAAUGUCUUCAACCUGUUCGAGUCAGGAGACUUCUGCAACACUCGGUGCCCUUUAUGAUGAUGACUUAUACCCGAGCCAGAAGGGCCCAUACGGCAGGAGCUUAUCUCUUGUUUCUGUAGUGAGAGGCAGCUUGAUGUACAAGUACACCCCCUGGACAGGAGUACCUGCUAGUACUUAUACCCACUGGGGUGAUGUGUGAAUAAUGUGGGGGUCAAGGAAAAGACAAUGACAGGACAAUGACGUAUCUGGCCUCAGAUUAGAGAUUGGACUCUUAUUGUAUUUCUUCAAGGGCACCCGGUGGUGAGAAAAAAAUCUGCCUGGAUCAAUGGAGUAAAGUAUAAGAUUUCAAACUGUUGUUCAGUUAAUAAUUGUAUGUAUUUCUAUGCAGUAUGAUUCACAACCCACACUCAAGGGUGUUGGAGCAAUUGUUGUAAAUAUCUGCAUUAUUAACCUUAUCUUAUUUCAAAUAUAUGGUUUUAAACCAUUACUUGUUGAAUAAUUGGGAAUUUAAGGAGACAAGCAGAAUCCAGAUUCAUGUUUGGUUUGUAAUUACUUGUUAUAGUGCCAUGAAAAUGUUUAUUAUUGAAUUAACCUUCGAUUUACACUGAGUGUACAAAACAUUAAGAACACCUGCUCUUUCCAUGAGAUAGACUGACCAGGUGAAUCCAGGGGGAAACUUAUUGAUGUCACUUUUAAAUCUAAUUCAAUCAGUCUAGGUGAAGGGGAUGAGACAGGUUAAGAAUGAAUUUUAAGACAAUUGAGACAUGGAGUUUGUGUAUGUGUGCCAUUCAGAAGGUCAAUGGCAAGAUAAAAGUGCCUUUGAACGGGGGUAUGGUAGUAAGUGCCAGUUAUACUGCUGGGUUUUUCAUGCUCAACAGUUUCCUGUGUGUAUCAAGAAUAGUCCACCACCCAAAGGACAUCCAGCCAAGUAUUGGCAUCAACAUGGCCAGCUUCCCUGUGGAACACUUUCGACACCUCGUAGAGUCCAUGCCCCAACAAGUUGAGGCUUUUCUGAGGGCAAAGGGGGGGGGGGGGGGGUACAACUCAAUAUUAGGAAUAUGUUCUUAAUGUUCUGUAUGUACACUUAGUGUAUGUCACGAUCACUCUGCUGAACCCACUGGUGUUUGCUCUAGUUAGAAUGUUUCAGAUUAUAACACUAGAUGGCGGUAGUAGACCAUUUUAGAAAAAAAUAUUCUUUGCAUUCCUCAGGUAUCCCAGCAGAUUCUCUUGUCAACACAAAAUACAUUUAAUUACACUUUGUCUAUUCAACACUUAUUGUAUAAAGGCUUUUAUAUCUCUAUGCUUGUGUGUGUGUCAGUGUGAAAGAGCAUUCCAUGUAAGAUCAUCAUAUGAUAUGCACUGUUGAUUGUUUUUGUAAAUACAAUAUAGAUCACCAUG